AGUUGGGAUGAAACUCAUUUUGGGAAGAUGGGAAGUUACUACAUUAAUCGGACUUUCUUCUUUGAUGUCCACCCUCCUUUGGGGAAGAUGCUGAUUGGACUUGCUGGCUACCUUAGUGGAUAUGAUGGUACAUUUCCUUUCCAAAAGCCAGGGGACCGAUAUGAGCAGCACAACUACAUGGGAAUGAGAGGGUUUUGUGCGUUCCUUGGCUCCUGCCUGGUUCCCUUUGCCUACCUCACAGUGUUGGAACUGUCAAAGUCACUGCCAGCAGCCUUACUCACAGCUUUCAUCCUUAUUUUUGAUACAGGCUGUAUUACUUUGUCACAAUAUAUUCUGCUGGAUCCCAUUCUGAUGUUCUUCCUCAUGGGAGCUGUUCUGAGUAUGGUAAAAUGUAACAGCUGUGCAGAUAGGCCAUUUUCUGCCUCCUGGUGGUUCUGGCUGAGUCUGACUGGCGUGAACCUUGCUGGAGCUAUGGGGGUAAAGUUUGUUGGCCUUUUUGUAGUCCUCUUGGUAGGCCUGAACACAAUCUAUGACCUAUGGGACUUGCUGGGGAACCUUAGUCUGUCACUGGUGAUGUUUGGAAAACAUUUAAUGGCUCGUGUACUUUGCCUCAUCGUGCUCCCACUUGCUCUCUACACGGCUAUGUUUGCUGUUCAUUUUGCAGUAUUAAAUAAAAGUGGCCCUGGGGAUGGUUUCUUCAGUUCAGCAUUUCAGUCCCAGCUGAUCGGGAACAAUCUUCAUAAUGUCUCCAUUCCAGAGCACUUGGCAUAUGGGUCUGUGAUCACAAUGAAGAACCUUCGGAUGGCAGGGGGAUACCUUCACUCUCACUGGCACCUCUACCCAGAGGGCGUUGGGGCCCGCCAGCAGCAGGUCACUGCCUACUUACAUAAAGAUUUGAAUAACCUGUGGAUUAUAAAGAAACAUGAUUCAGAUACAGCAGAUCUGUCAGACCCCUUGAGCCCUGUGGAGUUUGUGAGGCACGGAGAUAUUAUUCGUCUGGAACAUAAAGAAACUUCUAGAAAUCUGCACAGUCACCAGCAUGAAGCUCCCUUGACGAGGAAGCAUUUUCAGGUCACUGGCUAUGGAAUAAAUGGAACAGGAGACUCCAAUGAUUUCUGGCGGAUUGAAGUGGUGGGCAGAAAGACUGGGAAGCUCAUCAAAGUCCUACGGAGUCAGAUCCGGUUAAUCCAUGUGGCCACAGGGUGUAUAUUGGGCUCUUCUGGAAAGACUCUGCCAAAAUGGGGUUGGGAACAAGUGGAAGUCACCUGCACACCAUACCUGAAGGAGACUCCCAAUUCUCUCUGGAACUUCGAAGAUCAUAUUAACCCUAAGUUGCCCAAUAUCAGCCUGGAUGUUUUGAAGCCUUCUUUUGCAGAAAUUCUGCUAGAAUCCCACAUGGUUAUGAUCCGGGGAAACAGCGGCCUCAAACCAAAGGACAAUGAAGUUACAUCCAAACCUUGGCACUGGCCCAUCAACUACCAGGGCCUGCGUUUUUCUGGUGUCAAUGAGACGGAUUAUCGUGUCUAUUUGCUGGGAAACCCAGUGAUUUGGUGGCUAAAUCUGGUCACUAUGGGGUUAUAUCUUCUGAUAACAGUUUGCACUGCAGUGGCACUGAAGAGAGGUGUCCAACUGACAUAUGAACUCAAAGAACUAUCCAGAGUUGUGCUACGUGGUGGAGGGCAGAUCACACUGGGUUGGCUCCUUCAUUACCUCCCUUUUUUUAUGAUGGGACGAGUUCUCUACUUUCACCACUACUUUCCUGCCAUGCUUUUUUCCAGCAUGUUGACAGGAAUCACCUGGGACUCACUACUGAAGUUUUGUGCUGGGUUCUUGUCACCCAGCACUACAGCUAGAAAAGUAUAUGGAGGGGGGUUCCUGGCGCUGGUUCUGCUUAUCCUGUACAGCUUCUACCUCUUCCAUCCUCUGUCCUAUGGGAUGAUAGGACCUAUGGCCUCGGACCCUAGCAGCCCCAUGGCAGGGCUCCGGUGGAUGGACUCCUGGGAGUUCUAGAGCCAACAAGGGAAGCCUGGGAACAGCGGAUGAGAAGCAUGAGAUCUGCUGCAAUGUCAGGCUGAUUCUGGUGCUUUGAAGACAUGCCCUCUCUGGAGAACUCUGGGUAUAGGUAGCCCUGUUGCUUUGGCAUUUGUUUGCACUGCCUGCAUUGGAAUAUGCAGAGGAUGAGAAGGUCCCCUUAAAUUAAAAGACUCAUGUCCUGAGUCCUUAGGUUAUAUUCAUGGACAGCUGGCUCCUUAGAUGUCAAUUCUUUUGAGCAAUAUAUACCAGUCAAACAGCAGUGGCAUUCCAGCACUCAGAGCAGUAGAAGCUGGAGGCUGUCUGUGAUUGUACACCUAUGUGUGUCUUCCUUCUUGUAAUCUAAGCACCAUUAUAGUUGGAAAGCCAGACAGUGUCUGAGACCUUAGGACUUCUAUCAUGAUUAACAAUUAUUCUUUUGGUGAGGUUUUUGAAAGCAUCCUGUAAGUAUAUGGGGACCUCCAUUCUACCCUGCCCUGGCUAUCUGCAGUUCUUUUGUUCUGACCCUGAAUUUUUAGAAUUUGACUGAAAGGAGUCCGCUUGAAAUCUCUUGAGCCACUGUGCCUUGCCUGUUUCCCAGGCCUUCUGCAUACAGAGAUGAAAUUGUUUAGCCCUAUAUACUGCCUUGCUUUCUGGUCACCUUUAAUCAUUUGUAAGUUACCUAGCAGGCCUGUUUCCAGAGCCAGACUGUUCCAACUCAGCACUUUGUAGCUUCUUUGCAGUUCUGUCUGAAACUGCCAAGGAAAUGACAGUGGAAAUGACAGGUGAUUUGUUUUCAGCCCCAGUAUGCUGUGGAGACCAGCAUGAGGAUGUACUAGAGACUAAUAUGAUAGCUUGGAAAUUUUACAGACAGCUGUCAUUCACCUUUUGAUCCCAGCUAUUUCAGUGCCAGUACCUGUGCUUUUAGGGGAAGGCUUCAUCUUAAGGAAUGAAAAACUGGCUGCUGGCUGCUGGUGCCAAGGUAUCUGCUUUCUGUAUUCCCAUAUGGAAAAAGUUCCCUCUCAUAGAUUGCUGGGCAUCAAAUUACUGUAUUGAAGGAAAUGUGAGGCCAAGCAAAAAUUCUUUGUCUCUUAAGUGUCAAAAGCCAUUGAAUGUUGAAUCCACCCCUUCCAAGAAAUCAGAAUUCAGUUUAUCAGGUGCUUUUGUCCUGUGUUAGGUCUAUUUUUGUAGAUGUUCCUUUUAUUCCAUCUCCUACUCUUCAACCAGUUUCAAUUUCUUGUCAUAGUUCAAGUUGCUACCUUGUAGCAUCCAACAUGAAUGACACUUAGACCCCACCUGUGUUCCUAUAUCAAGAAGUAAUAUUUGAGACUCUUUUGUGUAUGUUUCAAUGCACUCAAGCCUUUCAUUUCAGAGUUCUUGUUCUGCUCCACAGCCUUUCAUCAAAAUUACAGGUGAGCGUAUCUGCCUUUAAACAUGAAUUGUGCAUUUAUUUCUCUUACCAAAUCUUGAAUUCUAAUGUAUUUCCUACCGCACAGAAGGGCUGCAUUAGCAUAGUUGUUCUGUGGGGGGUACUAGACUCCAGUCAGACUUGCUUUCAUUCCCCUUCAAUAGAGAUCCAUAGCAUUGUUCAGUAAGGCAGCUGCUUGCUGUUGAAAGGCUCUGGCUUGGUAUGUCACAUCUCUCCAGAAUUUGACUCCUAUAGAUACUAAGUCAAAUGGGAUGGACAUGUGCUUUUGAUUCUAAAGGUUUUGAGUUAAUUACCUGCUGGUCAUAUAUGGUGGGAAGUCAUUGCACUAAUUAGCUACUGGGUUUGAUGAUUCUUUUCCACUUGUUAUUGCAGGAAGUGCUCUUACCUGCAUGAGCCAGGGGCUCACUGUGGUGAUAUAUAGGCAAGAAGGAUGAGAGAGAAGGCUGCAAACUUCUUCAGAUCCUGCUUGAUCUGACAGCAGCUGCGAGUUGUUAACUGUUGGCAAUGUGAGUGGCUGACAGUGCAGUGCUGCCUUUGUAACAAUGGGAUUCAGCAUCUUCUACUCUUGGUGAGAUAAUUAAUUUAAUAUUUUGCUAUCCUGAAUCUGAGCUUUCCCUAGGGUAGUCCCAUUUUCAUGAGGAAGAUUUUCCAAAAGAGCUAAUAAAAACUAUGAUUUAAAGUGCAGAGUUUUUUUGC